GACCGAAUCUGUGCGCCACUCAGUGUGAAAUUAGCUCCCUCUUUUUUCGUGCGCGAACUGUUCAUCUCUCCCUCUCUCUCUCUCUCGCUCACGCACUCUUUCUUCGCCGCCGUACCUACCGCCGUGCCAUCUAUCUCGUGGUCUCCUACCUCCGUCUCCACCGCCGUCAUAGCAUUCCGUUAAUAAGAAUGGCUUUGCAGACAGCGAUUCCUCCAGUGAUCCCCAGUGCUCAAGUUGUUGCAAAUGCUUUCAUCGCGCAGUAUUACCAUAUUCUUCAUCACAACCCUGGCCAUGUCUAUAGAUUUUAUCAGGAUUCAAGUGUGAUGAGCCGGCCUGAUUUCGACGGUGUGAUGAGAUCGGUGACCACAAUGCAAGGAAUCAAUGAGAAAAUCCUUUCCUUUGAUUACAAGGAAUAUAAGGCAGAGAUAGAAACAGCAGAUGCUCAGAACUCUUAUAAAGAUGGGGUGACUGUGUUAGUUACUGGAUGCUUGACAAGCAAGGAUAACUUGAAAAGGAAAUUCGCUCAAUCAUUUUUUCUUGCCCCACAAGAGAAUGGUUUUUUUGUAUUGAAUGAUGUCUUUAGGUAUGUAGAAGAUGGAGAACUGUUGAAAAACCAUUCAGUUAAUAAUGAUGCCACAACAGUCCACUUUAACCAAGAACCAGAACCAACUCGUGUUCUGGAUCCUCCCACACCGGAUCUGGAAACUACUCAAGUUGAAGAGGAUCAAUUUGUUAUUGAGAAAGCUUUUGACACAUCGGACCAGGAUAGACAAUCAGCUAAUGAGAAAGAAUCUGAUACCGAACGCCCAUCUUAUUCAAAUGGGAAUGAUGUCCAUGUUGCAGUUGAAUCAACUUCUACUACAGCCCAAGAAGAUGGCCCAAAGCAGUCUUAUGCAUCAAUUGUAAAAGUAGCCAAAGGAAGUCCAGGACCAAAUAAAGUUUAUGUGCCCACUAACACCGUAAAAGUUGCUCCUAAGAAAACAGAGAAUUCUUUGCCUGCACCAGCUGCAUCUGCUUCUGUGCCUGAAGCAUCAGCUCCAACUAGCACCAGUACUCUUGAGGGCAGUGAGACUAAUGAGGAAGUUGAGGGCUAUUCUAUAUACAUACGUAAUUUGCCCUUGAGUGUGACGGCUGAUCAGCUUGAGGUUGAAUUCAAGAAAUUUGGACCAAUAAAGGAAGGAGGCAUCCAAGUCCGAAAUAAGAAGCUUCAGGGAUACUGUUUUGGAUUUGUUGAAUUUCUGUCUCUAAGUUCCAUGAAUAGCGCCAUUCAGGCUUCACCAAUCACUGUUGGGGGCCGUCAAGCUAUCAUCGAGAUAAAGAGAACUAACACACGUAUUGGUAGCAGUGGAAGUGGUUCAUUCACUUCUGGAAGGGGAGGGUUUCGGGGUGACAGCUUUAGGGGCCAUGGUAGUUAUGGUGGUGGCCGGAGCUUUGUUAGAAGUGAGUAUGUGAACAGGGCUGAAUUCUCAGGUCGAGGCAGGGGUCGAGUUGGGCGUGGCGGAGAAGGUUAUCGACCAGGGAGAGGAGACAGUCAUCAACAAGGUAGAGGAGAGGGUUAUCAACAAGGGAGAGGAGACAGUUAUCACCAAGGUAGAGGAGACAGUUAUCAACAAGGGAGAGGAGACGGUUAUCAACAUGGGAGAGGAGAAGUUUAUCAACAAAGGAGAGUAGACGGUUAUCAUCAAGGGAGAGGAGACGGUUAUCAGCAAGGGAGAGGAAGAGGUGGCCGUCCAAGUGGACCAAAGCAUAAUGCGGUUUCAGCAUGAAGUAUUUUGAGGAAAAUAGGCUGAAAGUACUUUUGACGUAAUUAGUGCACUUGGAAGUAUUGACAGUAUGGAUCUAAAUUGGAGUAACAGUUAGAGGAGGAGGCAUUUGCUUUAGGUUAGGUUUUGUUCUACGUAGCGGAAUUUUGUCUCAGUUGGGUAUGAUGUAACUUGUUCAUUCAGAAAGUUCAGGUCGCCCGCCAGUUUUACAUGAAACUUUCCAGCUUACUCUCAUUGCAUAGUUUUGGUGUUUAGUAGCCGGUAGUUGAAAGAUCCUAAAAGUUAAUAGAUUGGUUUGUUUUGGGUAUACUUGAUUCUAUUGAUUGUUUGGUUUGCAACUUUA